CCUAUAUAUAUUUGUUCCAAAACUGUUCUUCAGCCAAAAGAGCAAAGCAAAAAAGAAAAAAAAAAAGAGAAGAAAAUGCUGCCAAGAUUUAGUUUUCUGGAUAUGCAGUACAACCUUUCAAAGAAGAAAUUCUUGAAAAAACCUUCAAGAAUGUUCUCCCAAAACUCCGGUACAUUGCCCAUGUACUUGCCCAACAUCGAAGAGCUAAAGCAGGUAUUCAACAAAUUCGACUCCAACAAAGACGGCAAAAUAUCACCCGAAGAGUACAAGGCUGUACUCAAGGCUUUAGGCAAAGGAAACCUCCUCACCAAAGAAGUGCAGAAUAUAUUCGAGGUUGCAGAUCUGGACGGUGAUGGAUUCAUCGAUUUCAACGAGUUUGUGGAGGUGCAGCGUAAGGGCGGUGGGGUGAAAGCAGCAGAUCUGCAACGCGCUUUCCAAGCCUUUGACAAAGAUAAUGACGGAAAAAUAACAGUAGAAGAAGUUCACGAGCUGCUAAAAAAACUUGGAGAAAGAUGCAGCCUUCGAGAUUGCCAGAAAAUGGUCAGAGCUGUGGAUGCUAAUGGAGAUGGUGUCAUUGACUCGGACGAGUUCAUCACUAUGAUGACUCGCACAAUGACUACGUAUUAAUUUAGCCGAAUAACCUAACUGUUGUUGAAAUGAAUUUAAGUUGUUACCAAAUUCAGAAAUACAUACCUGUAUUUGUGUACUUGUAACCAGCAAUAAGAUUUAGCUUUUG